AUGAAGAUUGUAGUGAGGUUUUGUGGAAAGACUUCGUUUGUUCAGGCCGAUCCAUCGGAGCCUAUUCUGUCUUUGAAAGGCCUUGCCGGAAACGCCUGUGGACUUAGUUCUUCAAUGGUAGUUCUGCAGCACAACUCUAGAAUAUUGGAGGAUUCCAACACAGUGGCAAGCUAUGGCAUAAGGAAUCUCGAUACAAUUACAAUGUAUCCCAGACUUCUUGGAGGAGGGGGAAACAUGUCUGAAAACGACGGUGCCAUGGCCAUGAAGGAAAAAAACGACUGUCUUAUCUGUCGAAGAUGUUAUGCGAGGUCUGGGAAGUCUGCACAGAAGUGCAGAAAGUGCGACAGUAAGGAUCUGAGGCCCAAGAAACCCCUCAAAACGAUGAAGAAGAAAUAA